GAGACGCUGUCACGUCUCCACCCGCCCUCCUAUGUUUUUUCGUCGCUUUGAGUUUCUCCUUGCAGAUAGUCUCCAUUAUGGUGAUGUCGAUGGCAAAGAAGUGGCACCGACCAAAGCGAGAAAGGAAACAACUGGAGACAGAAUGGUGUAGUUAGCAAGCUAAGCUGUACCUAGCUCUGAGCGAGAGGGUGCAUGUUUGACGUUUUAUUAUUUUUGCAUUCCACAUAGCCGAAGACACGCAUUAUAGCCUAUGUUGUAUUUUUUUACUUGCGGAAGAUGGAAAGCGCGCGGGCAAUAGACCUGAAAGACAGGUUGGCAGUGGACAGUACGGUGGCGGCUAGGGCAGCGGUGCCUAGCUCGGAAGUAAACAAGAUCAGCAAUAGCAGUAAGUUUGUGAAGCCCGGUGGACUGUCCACCGCUUUGGGGAAGGCGGUGGACGAUGGCGGAGGCGGCGGGGAAUCAAGACCGGAGAGCGAACUACGGAGAGCUGCCCCUCACGUUGCGACAUUAUCUGGUAAUCGACGGGAUCGGUCUUCGGAAAAUGGCAUUAAGACAACAGUGAAAGGAUCUACCUACGGCCGUACUUUAUCUGGCAACUCAAACUCGCUGCUGUCCAGAAGAAAGCGGCUGAAAAGGAAUCUCUCCGCCGCAGCUGUAGCCACUGUCCCGUCGGUGGUGGCUUCCGGGGCUAAAAUGAGCUCAGCUUCUUCGUCCACGUCCCUGAACACACGGAGCCUGGAUAGGAAGAUGCUUCUGAGGCACAGGCAAGUUACACAGCUCCAGCCGUCCGAUCGGGAGUGGGUUCGGGCUGAUUUGCAGCGGGGAUGCGUACAAGUCCACGACAGACUUAAGCCUUCGUACCUCCGGCUAGUUCUGUGUACGCAGGAGACCACCGCCGGGGACAUUGCACGACGACUGAGCCAACUCAGCAGCAAAACGGGGACUGUUGUUAGAGUGGUCGGCAAAGGCAACAGCUCGACUGAGUUUGACAGCAAUUGCAAUGGUGGUAGGUACGCAUUAGGUAAUGGCCAGCACAGGCAAACAGAAAACGCAGAAUCCAAGUCCGAACAUUUAAAUCCCCAGAAACACGCAGACCGGCCGGAAGGCUUGCCAGCCCGGCCAACUGUCAGUUUAAGAUUAUUACUCCUGGAAAGCCAGAACAACCACGAGCAACAAUUGGAUACAGAUUUUAAUACGCCGGAUUCGCAAUCAGAAGACAGCAUUUUACACAGUAAGUCCUCAGACACAAACGCAGAGCUCAAUGUGGGUGACCUGAAUGGCGACGAGUCUUAUAAUCACAACGGGACGGACAGCUGUGGGCUGAAUUCGGGUUCGGAUGCAGAGAGCAGCGCGUUUGACGAUUUGAGCUCUGGGGCCCGGCUCAAUGAUCACCGGGAUUCGCUGAGCGACGAUAUGGUUUUGGGCACAGACGCCUCCAUACUAAAUCCGGCGUUUGACAGCGCCACCGAGGGACUCGACACUUUCGGCAGUUCCUCGGAUGAACUGGAACUCGACUGUCCGUCAGUCUUGGACACCGUUCCUCAACAGUUUGAACAUUGCACGGACGGAUCCACCAACGCUAAUGAUAGCAGACUUUGCGACAACCAGGUUUCAAGCGAUGUCACAGGUGAAAGUCAAUCUGGUGGCAGCAGCACCAAUUCCUUGUCGCGACCUUGUCUAACAGGUAAUUCAGCGGUCAGACACGACCCUGCAAGCACUGACACUUUGAAAACUGGACCGGCACUCGACAGUGGUUAUUUAAUCCCGACCCUUUACGUUCAACUGCAUGGCGAAGCAGCAAGGCGGUUAGAGGAGAACGAAAAGCCUCUUCAAGUGCAAAAUGACUUUCUCUUCAAACUGGGGUUUAAGAACCCAUGGAGGGUGCAGGAGGAGGGAAUGGAGACGGAGAUCGGCUCCCUGAUCCGUUUUUAUGCAGGAAAGCCCCAGAGCAUCGAGAGCUCGGAGCGGGUGCAGCUUUCGGGGACCUACAACGUGCGCAAGGGCAAGAUGCAGCUGCCCGUCAACCGCUGGACCCGGCGCCAGGUCAUCCUCUGCGGCACCUGCCUCAUCGUGUCCUCCGUCAAGGACAGCCAGUCGGGCAAGAUGCACGUCCUGCCCCUGAUCGGAGGAAAGGUUGAGGAGGUGAAGAGGCACAGCCACUGCCUGGCGUUCAGCUCCGCCGGGCCCCAGAGCCACACUUACUACGUCAGCUUCGACAGCUUCACCGAGCACCUGAGGUGGCAGCGCCAAGCCGCCAAGAUGGUGUCCCAGCGCAUAAGUUCUGUAGAUCUGUCCUGCUGCAGUCUGGAGCAGCUUCCCCCAAACCUGUUCUACAGCCAGGACGUGACACACCUCAACCUGAAGCACAACUUCCUGUCCCCUGAGCCCAGCCUGGAGGAACUGCCCAGGUUCUCUAAGCUGCGCAGUCUGAAUCUCUCCAGUAACCACCUGGGCCAGUUUCCCCAGGCCGUGUGCAGCAUCCCCUCCCUGACCGAGGUCAACCUCUCCUGCAACUACCUGACCUCCGUGCCCAGCGCUGUGGGCUCCAUGCACAGCCUGCAGACGUUCCUGUUGGACGGGAACUGUCUCCGCUCGCUCCCGGAGGAGCUGGGCGAGCUGCAGCACCUCAGCUACCUGGGGCUGUCCUUCAACCAGUUCAGCGCCGUUCCCAUGGUGAUGGAGCGGCUGGCGGGCGUGGAGAGGCUGUGCAUGGCAGGAAACAGCCUGACCGCCCUGGAGCUGAGAGCCUUCCGCCUGCUGAGGGUCAAACACGUGGACCUCCGGCUGAAUAAGAUCUGCCAGCUGCUCCCGGAGGAGCCGGAUUUCCUGCGUCACGUGACGCACCUGGAUCUCCGGGACAACCGGCUGCAGGAGCUGGACGCCUCCAUCUUCCCCCGGCUGGAGGUGCUGCACUGCGAGAGGAACCGGCUCACCUCCCUGUCCCUGCGUGGGGGCCCCCUGAGGGGGCUCUACGCCUCCGCCAACAAGCUGUGCCAGUUGGAGGUGACGCCCGUACCCUCUAACCUCACCUACAUGGACGUAUCCAGGAACCAGCUGGAGUCUGUGCCGGAGUGGCUGUGUGACGUCAGACUGCUGGAGGUGCUGGACAUCAGCCACAACCACGUCUGCCAGCUGCCCGCUCGUCUGUUCUGCAGCAGCAGUCUGAGGAAGCUCCUGAUGGGGCAUAACCAGCUGCAGCGGUUGCCGGAGCGACUGGAGCAGACGCAGGUGGAGGUGCUGGACGUGCAACACAACCUGCUGGGGGAGCUGCCUACCAGCCUGUUCCUCAAGGCCAACAGUUUGCGGUGCCUGAAUGCUUCGGCCAAUCAGCUGGAAAGCCUGCCACCCUCCAGCCUAUCAGAGGAGAGCCACAGCAUCCUGCAGGAGCUCUAUCUCACCAACAACCGGCUCACCGACAAGUGUGUGCCACUGCUGACCGGGCACAGCCACCUGAGGGUACUGCACAUGGCGUACAACCAGCUACAGAGCUUCCCUGCCAGUAAAAUGGCAAAGCUGGAGGAGCUGGAGGAGGUGGAUGUGAGUGGGAACCAGCUGAAGGCCAUCCCCACCACCAUCCUGAGCUGCCGGCGGAUGCACACGCUGGUGGCGCACUCCAACUGCAUCCAGGUCUUCCCCGAGGUCAUGCAGCUGCUGGAGAUGAAGUGUGUGGAUGUGAGCUGUAAUGAGCUGACUGAGGUCACUCUGCCGGAUAAUCUGCCCCCGAAGCUUCAGGAGCUGGACCUGACCGGGAACCCACGACUCAGCCUGGACCACAAGACCCUGGAGCUGCUCAAUAAUAUUCGCUGUUUCCGGAUCGAUCCGGCCCCCGCCUCCUUCUCCGUGGGCGAGUCCUCAGGCGGCCCCGCCAUCUGGAGUCACGGCUACACCGAGGCCUCGGGAGUCAAGAACAAGCUGUGUGUGGCUGCUCUCUCUGUGGGGCGGUUUGGUGACAGUCGGGAGGCUCUGUACGGGGUGUUCGAUGGCGACCGGAAUGUGGAGGUGCCCUACCUGCUGCAGUGCACCAUGGGAGACGUGCUGGCCGAGGAGCUGCACAAGACCAAGAGCGAGGAAGACUACAUGACCAACACCUUCCUCGUCAUGCAGAGGAAGCUGGGCACGGCGGGGCAGAAGCUGGGCGGCUCGGCGGCCCUGUGCCACAUUAAGCACGACCCCCUGGACCCGGGCGGCUGCUUCACCCUCACCGCCGCCAACGUGGGCAAGUGCCAGGCCAUCGUGUGCCGCGCCGGCAAGCCCCUGCCCCUGUCCGUCACGCACAACGUGGGCCUGGAGGAGGAGUACCGACGCACCCAGCAGUACAAAGCCAUCAUCACCGAGGACAACAAAGUGAACGGAGUGACGGACUCCACGAGGAUCAUGGGAUACUCCUUCCUGUACCCGUCGGUGAUCCCGCGGCCCCACGUGCAGACGGUCACCCUCACCCCGCAGGACGAGUUCUUCAUCCUGGGCAGCCGGGGCCUGUGGGACAGCGUGUCCCCCGAGGAGGCGGUGGAGGCGGUGCGGAACGUUCCGGACGCGCUGGCGGCCGCCAAGAAGCUGUGCACGCUGGCGCAGGGCUACGGCUGCAACGACAGCCUGAGCGCCGUGGUGGUGCAGCUGAGCGUGAGCGAGGACUGCUGCUGCGGCUACUGCUGCUGCGAGCCCGCCCCCCGCCCGCCCCCCAGCCCCGGCCCCGCCCCCGGCCCCGCCUACCCGCCCUCCCUGGCCACGCCCUCGUCCUGCAGCGAGAUGAGCAGCGAGGUGUCGGCCUCGGAGAUGAGCAGCGAGGUGGGCUCCACGGCGUCGGACGAGCCCCCGGCCCCCGGCCCCGCCCCGCCGGGCCCCGCCGAACCGCUGCCCCGCUGCGCCCUGCACCCCUCCUGCCCGCCGUCCGGAAGCUUCCAGCGCCAGCUCUCCAGCGCCACCUUCUCCAGCGCGCUGUCCGACAACGGGCUGGACAGCGAGGACGAGGAGCCCAUCGCCGGCGUCUUCUCCAACGGCAG